AUGGAAGAAACAUGGUAUGCAGCUGCGCAAAUUGGGGUUAAUAAAGGAGCAAUUGCAAUCUUCAACGAUUCUAUGAAAAACUCACAAAUCAUCAGUUAUCCACGCUAUGCAACGAUAUUUGCUUCUGUUUGUGCCAUAUUAUUUAUUAUUAUAGGAGUUUUAGGUAACUUAGUCACCGCUUUAGCUUUAAUUUGCUGCCCGCGUUUGAGGUCGCAUGCGACAACAGCGUUUGUUUUAUCACUAUGUGUAUCAGAUCUUAUUUUUUGCUCCAUAAAUUUGCCGCUGACAGCAGCUAGAUACAUACACGAGGCUUGGACCUUAGGAGACGUUUUAUGUCAGCUGUUUCCAGUAUUAUUUUAUGGCAAUGUUACCGUAUCCGUUUUAAGCAUGGUGGCUAUAACAAUCAACAGGUAUAUAAUGAUAGCCUGCCACGCAAAUUAUUCACGCAUCUAUUGUCCACUUUCUAUAUGGUUGCAGCUAAUAUUAAUAUGGGGAGUUUCAUUCGCAAUGAUGGUACCUCCAUUAAUCGGUGUUUGGGGCCGACUUGGACUAGAUGUAGCAACAUUUUCUUGCACAAUUUUACCUCUAAACGGACACUCGCCUAAGAAAACUUAUUUUCUUGCCGGAUUUGCACUGCCGUGCUUGGUUAUAGUUAUCAGUUAUUCUUGCAUAUAUUGCUUAGUAACAAAAUCAAGGAAACGUCUCGACAAUCAUAGAAAACAGUCCCGAGAAGUCAAAUCAAGAUCUGCUAUGAAUAGAGAACGCGAUGAUUCUAGAUUGACGUUUUUGAUGUUGACGAUAUUCAUAGCCUUUCUUCUAUGUUUUUUGCCAUUGACGCUGGUUAAUGUCUUUGACGACGAUACGACAUUACCAACUCUUCAUGUGAUUGCCUCUGUCAUGGCAUGGGCAAGUAGCGUUAUCAAUCCGUUUAUAUACGCCGCCAGCAAUAGGCAAUACAGAUCGGCCUAUAAGAAUUUACUGGACCAUGUUUUACAAAGACAUUCUGGUUUAAAAUACUCAUCCCAGCAGCCUCCAACAAGUAACAACAAUGCAAAUGUUACUACGCCGUCCCAAAGCACUCCGCUAUCUGGUAAAUCUGGCCCAGGUGUUGUGUUUCAACCUCCUGCAAAAUUGCCCAAUAUUAUUAAAAAUGUACACUUAUGA